AUGGCGGCGUUGAAAGUCUUCGCGUUCACUGUAUUCCUUUCCCUAAUUGUCGCCCGUAUCGGAGUUAACGCUGAUGCCUCAAUCUCAGACUUCGAUAACGAGGUCAAAGGCCCCAGAUCGGAGGGUCCUGAUUCAUCCAUCCUGGAGCAGUUCAAGUCCAAGAUCCAUAGUCUCGAAUCACAUGUCGAGGAGAAAAUUCGAGAACUAAAAGACAAAGACGAAUUGAUUGAUGCUAAAGAGAAGAUAAUCGAAGAAAAAUCAGAUAGUAUUGCAUCACUGGAGAAUGAGAUUGCCUCUCUACAAAGAAAGGGCAAAUCAGAUGCUGCAGAACAGGUGGGAAAGGCACACGCAAGAGCCGGUGUAUUGGAAAAAGAAGUGGAGAGACUGAGAAAAGACAUUGAUUUGAAAAUCAAGGAAAUAGAGCUAUUGCAGACCGGGGUAAGAGAAGCUGAAAGAAAGGGUUCUGAUCUGAAUUCUAAAUUUGACAGACUUCAAAAGAUCAUUGAUGAUCAGAAAACUAAGAUACGGAAAACUGAACGUGCUCUUCAAAUCGCCGAGGAAGAAAUGAUGAAGGCAAAGUUUGAAGCAACAUCCAAGAUCAAGGAGUUGAUGGAGGUUCGUGGUGCUUGGCUUCCUCCUUGGCUAGCAUUUCAUAUCAAUAACUAUCAGUCUCUUCUAGAGAAAAACUGGGAAGUGCAUGGAAAACCUGCUCUGGAGAAGUUGAUACAGAAGGCUGUUGAAAAGAAAGCCCAAGCUGAAGAGUGGGCUGCACCACAUGUAGAAACUUUUAAAACUAAAUGGGUACCAGCUGUUCAGGAACAGUGGGUUGUGAUAACCACUAAAGUUGAACCGCAUGUUCAAACUUUGACAACUAGGGCUGUUGAGUUAUACAAAGUAUCAAAGGAUGCUGCAACUCCUCACAUCAUUAAAGUUCAGGAAGUUGCAGAACCUUAUUUUCAGGAACUGAGGAAACAUAGUAAACCAUACAUCGAUCAGGUUGCCACAGCUGCAAGACCUCAUGUUGAUAAAUUACGCACUGUUUUAAAGCCGUAUACGCAGCAGGUGGUUCAUGCUUAUGGAAAGUUCCUUGAGUCUUCAACUAUAUAUCAUUCUCAGGUUCAAGAUGUAGUUCACGAGAAACUGAAGAGUCACGAGCUCACAAGACAUCUUGCGACGAAAGAGUUGGUUUGGUUUUCUGCUUCUGCACUGCUGGCCUUGCCUAUCAUUUUUCUUCUGAAAAUAUUUUCAGCCACUUUCGGCAGUAAAAAAAAGCCGAGAAAGCCUGUCAGAACUGGUAACGCACACAAUACUCGUCGCAAAGGAAAACGUGUACACUCAGACAAAUGA